GUUGCAGCUCCCUUCUCGGCGCCCUCACCGAGAACGGCCCCAUCGAGCUGAACGCCGACGGAACUCUGUCUCCCAAUGCCUACGCCUGGAACUCCCAGGCGAGCAUUCUCUUCCUCGAAUCUCCCGCUGGAGUUGGCUUCAGCUUUAAUGCCGCCCAGAACUACUCCACCAACGAUGACGCCACCGCGGCGCUCAACUACGGCGCCCUGCAGUCCUUCUACGCGAAGUUCCCCCACCUGGUGAACAAUGACUUCUACAUUGCCGGAGAGAGCUAUGGAGGCGUCUACAUCCCAACCCUGUCUCGAAAUGUCGUCGCCGGAGGAAGUCCGGCGAACUUCCGCGGCUUCGCCAUCGGCAACGGCCUCCUCGAGCAGACGAUGCUGGCCAACAGCUACCUCCUCUUCACGCACUACCACGGACUGUACAGUCCCUCGAUGUGGAACUCCCUCGUGUCGAACUGCUGCGCUGGAGUUUCGAACACUGAAAAGUGCAACUUCGUGGGCAACACCGCUCCCGCCUGCGUCCAGUCGGUGGCUGCCAUUCAGGGCCAGCUGAACUCGAUGCCCCUCAACCCGUACAACAUCUACUCGUCCUGUGUGCAAACUUCCUCGGGAGCUCUCACCCCUGCCAAGGUUCACCAGCAGAUGCUGAAGAAGUACCUCUUCAAGUACGUCGAUGAAGUUGAGGGUGACGCUGAGGGUGACGAUGAUAAUGAAACUCCCGUGGGUGACAAUCCCACCUGCGUCGACCUCGACUACGUCGGCGAGUACCUCAACCGACCGGACGUCCACCAGCAGAUGCUGAAGAAGUACCUCUUCAAGUACGUCGAUGAAGUUGCCGAGGGUGACGCUGAGGGUGACGACGAUAAUGAUGAUGAAACUCCCGUGGGUGACAAUCCCACCUGCGUCGACCUCGACUACGUCGGCGAGUACCUCAACCGACCGGACGUGAGAAGUGCUCUGCACAUCACCACCCAGUCGCUGCCCUGGGCCGCCUGCAGCCCCUCGGUCAAUGCCAACUACGUCAACCAGUACACCUCGCUGACGGAGAUGGUGAAGAAGCUGCUUCAGGGCGGGCUGAAGGGGCUGAUCUACAACGGCGACGUGGACACGGUGUGCAACUACCUGGGCGAUCUGUGGUUCUCUGAGGGCCUCGGUUUCAGUACCGUCCAGGACUACCAGCCGUGGAUGUACCAGGGGCAGAUUGGCGGCUUCUACAAGAUCUACGAGAACUUUGGCUUUGCCACCGUCAGAGGUUCAGGUCACACCGUUCCGAUGGACAAGCCCGGCCAGGCGAAGGAGAUGUUCUACCGCUUCCUCAACAUGACCAAGAGUCAGUAA